AGGAGAGAGAAUGAGAAGAGUGACUUGGAGACUGGAGAUGGGACGGGGAGCCAAAAAGCACCUGGAUGGUGUACAAAGGUGGCUAGAAAAGGAAAUGGGUUUGUUGUGGGCACUCAGCAGGGAAAUGGGAAUGAAUAGGAAGGAGAUGAAGGAGAGAGACAAGAACACCAGGCGGAAGGCAUCAUUAUGGUAAUUAAGAGGGAUGAAGUGCAGACUACGAUGGACAAGGGACAUGUGGACUACAUUAGUGGAAAUGAAGAAAUGAGGUGGAAUCUAAGAAAUGCCUCUUUCCUCCCUUGCAGGUAUGAAGACUCCUCACAAAAAGGUAGCUGCAGGGCAGGAGACCAGGGAAGCUGUCAGUCACCACACCGGAUCUGCAAAUACGAGGAAGAAAAAAACCUCUCAAAAGAAACAGAGGGGCAGACCUUCAUCCCAGCCCCGCAGGAACAUCGUGGGCUGCAGAAUUUCACACGGAUGGAAGGAAGGGGACGAGCCCAUCACCCAGUGGAAAGGAACCGUUCUGGAUCAGGUGCCUAUAAAUCCCUCUCUUUAUCUGGUGAAAUAUGAUGGAAUUGACUGUGUCUAUGGACUGGAACUUCACAGAGAUGAAAGGAUUUUAAAGCUUAAAAUCCUUCCUGAUAAGGUGCCAUUUUCUCGAGUAAGAGAUGUGCGCCUUGCAAAUACAAUAAUUGGUAAAGCUGUGGAACAUAUUUUCGAGGGCGAGCAUGGUUCUAAGGAUGAAUGGAGAGGGAUGGUCCUAGCGCAAGCACCAAUCAUGAAAGCCUGGUUUUAUAUUACCUAUGAGAAAGAUCCUGUCUUGUACAUGUACCAGCUUCUAGAUGACUAUAAAGAAGGAGACCUUCGUAUCAUUCCAGAGUCCAAUAAGUCUCCUCCAGCAGAGAGGGAGCCAGAAGGAGUUGUAGAUGGCCUGAUAGGCAAACAUGUGGAAUAUACCAAAGAAGAUGGCUCCAAAAGGACAGGCAAGGUCAUUCACCAAGUCAAAGCCAAACCUUCUGUGUACUUCAUCAAGUUUGAUGAUGAUUUCCAUAUCUAUGUCUAUGAUUUGGUAAAAAAGUCCUAACUGUUAGGGUACACUUUGCCACUUUGUGGAGGCAAAUUAUGAUUUAGAGACACACAAAAAAUGUACCUUUUUAAUGUACAGAAAGCUUUAGAGUCCCUACCAACCAACACCAAUGCCAGCAUAACUGUUGAUUUGUUCUGAAAAAUACAAAUGUGUGUGGACAUGA